AUGGAGUCUUCGGAGGAGAUUACGGGCACCUUGAAGCCCUGUCUGCUGCGCCGCAACCGAAGCCGGGAGCACCAUGGCGCGGCGGCCUCCAGUCUGGAGGAACUGAAGCGCAAGGCAUGUGAUAUCUUGGAGAUUGACAAAUCUUUGGAGCCCAUCACUUUGGUCCUGGCAGAAGAUGGCACCAUAGUGGAUGAUGAAGAUUACUUCCUGUGUUUACCUUCCAACACCAAGUUUGUGGCCCUCACUUGCAAUGAGACUUGGACAUACAGCAAUACAGAUGGGGGCACAGCGUGGCUCUCCCAGGAGUCCUUCGAGAGCAGAGACGAAGUAGACAGCAGCGUGGGGUGCAGAUGGAAAAACCUGGCCCGACAGCUCAAAGGAGAUUUCUCCAGCAUCGUCCUUCUGGCCGAGGAAGAUCUGCAGGUGCUCAUUGACGUUCCCUGCUCAGACUUGGCUCAGGAACUCUCCCAGAGCCCUGAAAAAACUCAGGACCUCCAGAAUACACUCCAGCAGGUGCUAGACCAGAGAGAAGAAGCCCGGCAGUCCAGGCAGCUCUUGCAGCUCUAUCUCCAGGCCUUAGAGAAAGAGGGCAGCAUCCUGGCGAAGCAGGCAGAGUCUGAGGCUACUUUGGAUGAAAAGAUGGAUGAAGUGGACUCAAGGGGUGUCGGCCACAGCACACUGUCCAGUCACGUCCUAACAGUGCUCAAGGAAAAGUCCUGCCCAGAGCUGAGCUUGUCCAGCCAGGAUUUAGAGUUGGUGACCAAGGAACCCCCAGAGGCUCUGGCCCGUGCUUUAAGCUGGGACCCCGAGAAGGUGGAAGCAGUCCGAGGAGCCUGUGAGCAGCAGCUCACCCUGCGCCUACAGCAGGUCCAGAGCCUGAACUCGCUCCACAAUAUUUCAGCCAGGAAGAAUUCUCUGACCGAAGAGCCCGGGAGCCCUAAACGGGCCAAGUGAGCUCCUUCCCACCCCCAGCUCCUGGCCAAGCAAGGGCUGGCCGUUUGGAUCUUCCUUGGAGACUCGGAAUGGCAGGAACUGGGACGCUGGUUAUUCUCCCUGUCCACCCCCUGUCUUAGGGACUCUCCCUGAUGGAGGGUGGCUGCUGGACAGACGACCGAGAGCCUCCUAUCCCUUUCAGAAAAGCUGUCCUCUUGGGCCCUCGGGAGCUGUGGUCAUUUUCAGAAUCUCUGGCUACAGAGACGAGAAUUAUUCCUCAAACUCUCUUAACUGAGGGCUCCUGCUUUGUUCAAAAAAAAUUCCAAAAGGUGGCAAUGCUUUUGAGUCCCUCUUCCUGUGGCCAGAACUGAAAAGACUGAUGGAGAAAGGGGAUGUAGAGCAUCCUCAGAUGGGGAGAAGGGGAUGCUUUUAUUUUCCAAAUGAACAAGUUUUCCCUUGAACCUUUAGUCUGGAAUCACUGGAGGUAGCAGGGGGGCUGCAUAUUUCACUCCUGAGAUCUCAUUCAGAGAAGCAGCUGGGUUUGGCAGGAUUGGACCUGGGUUCAGAUCCCACUUCUGACACCCACUGACUCCUGUGGUCCUGGACAAGAUACUUGGUCCCUCAGUGCCCCUGGCAGAGAAGGUGGCAUUCUUCCUGGGUAGGCGGAGUUCUCUGCCCCACUAAAAUUGGAUAAGAGACCAAAAAAAUGUGUAUAAUAAGAGAGUUCUGUAUACAUUAUGAUGUAUUCUCUCAUCGACUCUGCAAGGCAGGUGCUAAUAUUUCCAUUUUAUAGAUGAGAUAAUUAAGGCUCAGGAGAGAAUUUGCCUGUGGGUACAGAGCUAAGAAGCAAGAGAGACAGGCUUGGAACUCAGCUCUUACUGUGUGCAAGCCUAGCCUAUCCCCUCCUCUAAUGAGCCACUCUCCAGAAUGCUUCUCUGUGUAUGUGUGUAUAAUAAAAGAUGCUUAUUGUGAAA